CUGUAGCGUGAUGCGUUUGCUCUGUAAAGGUCACGUCUCCCCUUGCCCCUGUGCUUCAGCUUCCGCUUCCUAAAUUUGGCCGGCUGGCGAGCUCCCAUUCUACAGUGCUGCGGCUUCAGGGGCUUGAAAAGGAGCUGUUUGCCUGUUCCUGAGGAGUACCCAGGCCAUGGAGUGCUCCCGGGGGAGGCGGAGAUGGAGUUGCAGAUCCAUGCUAAAGCUGGCGGCUUUGUGCUUCGCCGUGGCCAUCUCGCUGUGCUGCGCUUGGUCCUGGGCUUGCGAUGGCGGAGGCUGCAGAGGGAGUCCUGUGUUGCUCCGUUCAGGUAAUGGGUCGACCGAGCUGUGCUCCUUUGCGCAGAUGUUUACUCCAUUUUGGGAACUUUGGUUUCAAACUCUGGAGACGAACUGCAACCUCUUGCGCCAAUCAGGUGCGUAUUCAUCUGCUCUGCUAGCUAAUUUCCCUUCUACUGCACUGCACACCGUCGGAAUCCACACGGGAUUCCCUAGCGGCGGGCAAUGGCGGCGGCUGCUGGCGGAGGGGCCGGGGUCGUACCCGCCGCGGUGCACGUCCAAGUGCGGCGAGUGCAGCCCGUGCUACCCGGUGCACGUGGCCGUGCCGCCGGGCGUGCCGGUGACAACAGAGUACUACCCAGAGGCAUGGCGUUGCAAGUGCGGCAACCGGCUCUACAUGCCGUAAAGGAGGCAGUCCGCAGUCGGGAUGAAGAUGCCUACUCCGCGCGAGCAAGGAGGCAGGCAGACGGCGGCCGGCCGGUGAGCGUGUCGAGAGCGCAGCUUGCAGUUGCAGGAGCUGUGCAGCACUGGUCGGACGCUGCCCCCCCCCCCCCCCCCUGGUGAAUUAUUGCAGCGGGCCGGGUGGCUCGCCUGCGCGCGGUGUCGUGGUCCUCGCUGCGCGCAUGGGUGGAUCUGCAGCGCCAGCGCGCGCGUGGUGGUGACCUACCGGCUGCUGGGAUACUGAGCCUGUGCAUGUCUGUUCUGCGCCGCUGGAGUUUGCACGGCCCUACCACGAGCCGUGGAGGCAUGGGGGCGUACGGCGCGUCAGCGCUUGCCGAGGAGGGAGGGAGUUGCAACGACAUGAUCUGAUUGCUUCCCGCUCGGUCCUGCACGUGUCCGGAUCAUCUGUUGAUACUCCAUGUUUCUAAUUUCAUCUUAUAUUAUUCUGGGAUUUGAAUUUCUUACAAUUUUUUUUUCGUGGUGACCAUUGUAGCUAAUUUCCCUUUUUUUAGACGGAGUUAAAUGUUGUUGAUACUACUAUCUGGUGGUAGAAUGGAACAG